AUGGGCAAUCAGGUACUCCAAAGUAAUGGCCAUACCCGUGGACCCCUCCGGACUGAGGACCCGUGGACGGCCGCUGGUCUGGGGGCAGCCCUGGAGCUCAGGGCCGUGGAAGGCAGCUUACUAACGCGGGCGUACUCGUAUGUGAACCUCCAGGCCUCUAGGUAUCACCCGGUUUCAGGAAAUGUAUGUUCCAGAACUAACGCAAUUUUUCUUGGAUUGAUGCUGCGAAACCAGACUUUGCGACGCGUGCCGCGCGGGCAACUGCAUACAAGGCAAUUAAGGGUCCAUACAUCAAAUGGCUUUCACACCCAAAGCAAGAGAAUAACGGUCGCUCAACAUGCGGGAGCUAGACCACGAGGCCUGGCAACAACAGCAAUCCCCGGCUUUCUCGUGCCACCUCUGAUGUUCAUUGGACUCUUGGUGGGCCUCUGGACCUGGAAAUGCUUUUGGAUCAUCGUCUUACAGAACAAACUUCUUUACCUCACCUGGUUGCCGCCGUUUACGCGGUCAGAAGUCAUCGCCGACUACCAGCUUGAGUGCAAGCCGGUACGGUGGAAGAAGAAAGAAAUCCGUAGCCUAGACGGAACGAAGUUGGCGAUUUGUGAGGGUCGCAUACCGAUCCUGGCACCCAAAGAGAGCAGAUCCUUGGCAGACCGCAGUGACCCCAGAGAGAGAAAGCAAGCAUCAGACUCUGACCGUAAGAAAUCGGUUGUCAUCUGCUACUUGCAAGGAAAUGGGGGAUCAACCCCUAUGCGACUGCCUCUUCUCUCUCAGGUCCUGCGGACGAUUUCGGAAACGUCGAAAUCACUGGAUCCCCAUUCUGACCCCCAGACUACUCGAUAUACAAUUGUGGCGCUGUCCUAUCGUGGCUACUGGAAAUCAUCCGGUCGCGCGACGCAAUCCGGUCUCGAAAUGGACGCCCAAGCAUGCUUGAAUUGGAUUUCAGAAACCUACGGGGGCCCGGAAACAGAUCUUGAAAUCGUCAUUUGGGGACACAGCUUAGGCGCUGCAGUUGCAACAUCAGCUGUCCCCGCGUACCUUGCCCGGCAGAUCAAAGAUCAAACUUCAUGCAAUGGAAGGGGUGGCCAACCCUUGGCGCCUGUCACUCGACUGAUUUUGGAGGCUCCAACGUCCAGCAUAAAAGAUAUGCUCGUCAGUCUUUACCCCCAGAAGUGGCUGCCAUAUCGAUAUCUGUGGCCUUUCUCUUGGAAUAAUUGGGAUAUCAAGGGAAGCUUGAGGCAUCUGGCCAAAUGGAGAGAUCAAGAUGGAGAAACAUUGAGCAGUCAAUCCGGAACCCCAAACGCCAAUUUGGGAUCGACAACAGCAAGAUCUGACAUGAUUCCACCCAUUUUUCUCCUUUCUGCAGAAAAAGACGAGGUGAUACCUGCCUACGUGCCCGGUCAAAUAGAAGCGCAGGCCAAAUCUCUAGGCCUGUCGAUCAAAACCAAAAGUGUUCUCGGUGCAAUGCACGCAGAUGCACCACUGAAGCUAGAUGGAAGGAAAUCACUGGUUGCAUUUAUCCUCAAUGGAUCUCAUUCCCCCGACGGUCGAUCACAUACAUGA